AGAGCAGCAAUUAGGACUGCGACAAAGGGUGUUUGCGCGAACCAUUCCAACACGGACAGGAGAACAAGAUGGGGCAGUUAACGUUCCUGCUGCUAUGCGUCUUGCCGGCAGCCAUGUUGUUCAGCGAGAGCUGUGCGAGCACAACGGAUAUGACGUUACAGGAGGGAGCGGGAGGCAAAGAUGUUGUUGACGCCGUUCUCGGAAAACUGCGAGAAAACUGCAUCUUUUCCGACGAUCGCCUCUUCAUGCGCCGCCUGGCGUACGUGGAAACAAGGGACGGCACUCUUUACGACACUUACAGCACUAGCUACAAUGGUGGCAUCUGGAAGGUGGACGAAAACAUGUUCAAAGCCACCCAGACCUGCCCAAGCUACAUCAGCACAGAGUGCUCCCUCCUGCGUGCCAGUAGCCAGUUCCAGAACCUGGAAUGGACGAAAGUCACGUGGUCCGACCUGCGCAAGCCCUUGUACUCGGGAGUGGCCAGCGCCCUCUACAUGUUGCUGCAGCUGAGGAAAACCUCCCAGCAGAUGCCGGGCGAGGUUGAAGGUCAAGCCAGCAUCUGGUCUACACUCUACCGACCGGGUUCCUCUUCUCUUCUGUUCUCGCAAGGCGCUUCUAACGCCACUGACCUAAAGUGCCGUGGCAAGAUGGACGUCGCGUUUGUAAUGGACUCCUCGGGUAGCGUCAGCCGCGAGGAUUUUACCCUCACCUUGCAGUUCGCCGCCGCCGUCAGUCAGGCGCUACCUGUUGGCGUGGACGAGGCUCGGGUGGGCAUGGUGGUCUUUUCUUCAACCGCACGUGUGGAAAUGUACCUGAAAGACCACAGCAGCUCCGCGGCUCUGGCCAAAGCCAUCUUGGCGACGCAGUACAUGGGCAGCGGGACUAGCACGUUUCAAGCCUUGAACUUGACAAGGACUCAGCUGUUCGCAUCUGCCAACGGAGCCCGCUCUGGGGUUAGACGGGUCACCAUCCUCCUGACAGACGGGAUGUCUUCAAGCAUGACCAACACGGCCAACUCCGCACGGCUUCUAAAGGAAGAGGGCUCCAUCAUCUACGCCGUGGGUAUCGGGGGCUACUACUUGCCCGAGCUCCAAGCUGUCGCCUCGCAGCCUGUCUGUUCACACGUCUUCACCCUCGACAAGUUCUCUUACAUCACCGCCAUUCUCACCGAGAUCCAGAAAAGCACGUGCGAAGCCACAAUUGUGAUCCCCCCUGAUGAAGAAGUUGAGGGUAAAAUCCCCGAGGAAGGCAGUGACGACACCAUCGAGACUGAAGAGCCAGGACAAGACGAACACGUUGAGGUCGACGUGGAUUGUGGCGAGGUGGACGCCUAUGUGUCCUACAAGAACUCGAACCCUGGUCCUGCCCUUUAUGACGAGUUCAAGAAGGCGGUGCACAGGCAGCCCGCUCGUUUAGGCAUAGGGUCACGAUCGUCGGGGUCAGGGAGGAUGUACGUCAGACUCAUUGCCAGACGUCUCAGCCGACAGGAGGCUGCGGAGAAGAACUGCGAUGGCUACAACUACACUGUCGGUUCCAAGCCCAACCCGCCACCAACUACACGUCCACCAACGACGACCCAACGGCCAACGACGACCCAACGGCCAACGACGACCCUACCUCCAACGACGACCAAACCACCCACGGACUCUGGUCUGCCGGGCUGCUACCCGAGUCCCUGCACCCCAGAAAAUAUCGCAGCUCAACGGUUCUACUUCCCCUACACGUUGGACAUCAGCAAGUUUAUCCAAUGUGAUGCGUUUGGCAAGACCUUCCUGAUGUCGUGUCCCGCAGGUUUGGUGUGGAACCAGGUCAACUACGCCUGCUCGUGGCCACGACGUCGCUAACACCACCAACGACUGCAGGCAACGAAAAGAUACGAAACUUAAAGGACCCAUCAUCCCUAGAGUAGCUCUGUUCUCGCGGCUUUAAAUAGUCCGAAUUUUCUUAAAUAUGGACAGUUGUGCAAACUUUAAGCAGGACUGUUUAAAGGGGGAAGCUACCGAAAUAUUUACUCUCUGCUCGCAACAGGUCCGAGCAAUAACCAGUCGGGAACCCUGAACAAAUAAAAUAGAUUUUUUUCACAACUUUUCAAAAUUGUUUUCUUCAAAACAUUUGCUUUCUGAUUCGUGAAAGAUAUUUUUCUGUUUUGGGGAUACAAGUCUUUCAACACUGCGUGUUUCACCUGGGGUUUUGGAAAGAAGUUAAGAUAUUAUUUCUCUUAUUUCUCUUCAGGACUGACGUCUGAAGUACUAAUGGAAGCUGAUUUCUGUAGGCUUCUCUGAAAAAUUAUAAUCAAAAAUUCAUCAAAGUAUUUUUUUGUAAAAACCAAUAAAAUCUGUAUGUUUUGCUAA